UUUGUUUGCAAAACGGAACGGAACGGAACCGAACGAAACCGUAGAACAAUCCGGGAAAUCUUUAUAAACUCAUAGGUACAUACAUUACCUAUAAUUUAUCAAAAUAUUUUUGAAUUUUUAAGUGUAUUGUAGUCGUCUGCAAAUACAUAAUCAUAGCAUGUUGACAAAAAUCAUAAUUUAGUGAAACGGUUGUUGUUGAAGCAGUGAAACCAAAGUAGACUUGCCUAAAGCUAUCCACUAUGAUAUUCGUUAUCUACUUUUGUAUUUAAACAGUUGUUGCUUCUUUAUCUUUUACGUCAUUAAAUUUUGGCAUUGUUCCCUUGUUUGUGUACGAUUUUGUUGACUCACAAACGCUAUAGCAGUCCUCUUGGUAACAGUGAGCCAGUUUCCUCGCCGACCUUGAACCUACAAAGCAGCUGUUUAAAUGGAUUCAUUCUUCAGCCUGUUCGAUCCAGCGGACGGCCAUCAGAGCCAAAAGCAGAGUAAUAAGAAGAAACACAAACAGGAACAGGACACUGUGAAGAAAAAGCCUGAUGCCCCCAAAGGACGGAGAAGAGGGAGGAAGUCCCAGGGUAAGAACGAGACGCUGCCAGAGGAGUCCUCGUUCCUCUGCGAGCCAGAUCUCAGCACAGAGUUGUUGGUGAAAAGCGGCAGCUAUAUUGAGAGCUACAUAGAAGUUAACACAGACUCCAAAACGGACGACAAGAGACCGAAACGCCGCAACUCCAGUCGGAAAAACAGGAGAAAAAAGAAUAAAAUUUCGCCACCCAAAGAGUCCGCCUCCACGGCGUGGGAUGAGAAACCAGACCAUCUGAACAACCAAACGUCAAUAACCCCUAAUAAAUUGGACGACAGUAUCGGCAAAAAUGUGAACGAUCUCACAGACGGUUACAAAUUUAGGAGGAAAGACAUCGAUAACAAGUAUGGCAAUGAAGUGUACAAUGUUAUCGAUAAGUUGGAGAAAGUCCGGUUGAAAGACGAUGUGUACAUGAACGGUGAUUUUUGUCCGGAGGAUUUGGACAACGAUUUUUGUAGUUCUGACGAUAUGGAGUCGUACGAUGACAGCGCAUCAGAGGCCGAAGACUCAGGGGACGAGGUGUACGGGCGGUUGCCGCCCGAGCCCAGGUUCGGGAACGUGGAGUACAAACUGCAACUGGUGGCUCCUUGCGAGAGGAGGUUCCAGCAUCUCGUUACACAGCUGAAGUGGCGGCUGCGGUCGGGCGGCGGCAGCGCGGUGUACGUGGUGGGCGUGCGCGACUGCGGCGCGCUGCGCGGGCUGCGCGCGCGCCCGCUGCGCGCCUCGCUGCACGCGCUGCGCGGCAUGGCGCGCGCGCUCGGCGCCGCGCUGGCGCAUGUGGCCGUGCGCAGGGUGGGCCCGCAGCGCGCCGUCGCCGAGGUCUAUAUCAGGAAGUUGGCCGACACCCAACAGAGUGUGGAGCUGAGGGUGGCGGUCAUGGGGGCCAACGAGGCGGGCAAGUCUACCAUCAUCGGGGUCCUGACGCAAGGCGAAUUGGACAACGGUCGUGGCAGCGCCCGUCUCAACAUGUUCAGACAUUUGCACGAGGUGAAGAGCGGCCGGACCUCGUCGCUGAGCCACGAGAUAUUGGGGUUCGAUGCUCAGGGUAACGUGGUAAACUACGGUUGUUCAGAACUCAUGACAGCGGAACGUAUCGGCGAACGGAGCGCCAAGCUGGUUUCCUUUCUGGACUUGGCCGGCCACAGCAAGUACCAGCGGACCACUGUCCACGGCCUCACUGGCUACUCGCCGCAUUAUGCUAUGCUCGUGAUCUCAGCAACGGCGGGAAUCACUCGUAUAACUGAAGAGCACAUAGACCUGCUCAUAGCCCUGGACCUCCCGUUCUUCACCGUCAUCAGCAAGUGCGAGCAAUCCAACGCCGUGGCGCCCCUGCUAGGGAGGCUGAGGGCCUUACUGCACACCGUGGGCAAGAAACCACUUUUGAUAACCGACGAAAACAUGGCGAGAGACUGCGUGGCGCCGCAGAAACUUAUACUGGACUCUAUCAACGAUGGCAAGGGAGAAGAGGUAGAGGAGGGGCCGGAAUUGGAGCAUAUUCCAGUGUUCCCCGUCAGCUGCGUGCGCGGCGCGGGACUCAACGCUUUGCACGCGUACCUGUUAGCGCUCCAACCGCCCAGCGUGGAUGUUAAGGAGAAGCCGGAGGAUGAGACGUGCGAGUUUCAAAUCGACGAGAUUUUCCACGUGGGUGACUCUGAGGGCCCCGUCGUCGGCGGGCUGAUGGCCAAAGGGCAGAUAUAUGAGGGCGAUCAGCUCAUCAUAGGUCCCACGGAAACCGGGUCGUUCGUGCCGAUCACAGUUCGCAGCGUGUACAGGAACAGGGCGCCGUGCGCGCGCGUCACCGCCGGACACUGCGCCUCGCUCGGACUCUCAGCCGCGCCCAGCGCCCUGCGGCCCGGACAGGUGCUGCUGACGUACCGCGCGCCCCGGGCGCCGCGUCGCCGCCCGCAGUUUGGCGGCUGCAACGGGAACUGUGUCGCUUCUCUGUCGGUACAAGAACUAAUGAAACAAUCACAAACGGACAAUGACAACAGGAAAUCGGUGCGGAGGAAAAACAAGAAUCUUCUAGAACAAGAAGAUGACGCGGACGGGCCGGAGUGCACCUGCGAGGGCCGAGUGUAUCUGGAGGACCCCGAGGAGCCCCGCGGAUGUCUGUUCUUCCAGGCGACGGUGCAAGUUCUUCGCCACUCCACGUCCAUAGGGCCGGGGUUCCAAUGCACCGUCCACGUGGGCAAUGUGCGACAGACCGCUAUAGUCGAGGGCAUAAUGUCCCGCGACAGCGUGAUCCGCGCCGGGGAAGCUGCGCCUGCGCUGUUCCGGUUCGUGCGGCUGCCGGAGUUCCUCGCGCGCGGCCGCCGGCUGCUGUUCACCGCCGGCGGCGGCACCAGGGGCAUCGGCCGCGUCACGCAAGUUUUCCCAUAUAUACCUUGAAGUUGAAAAUUUGUCUUAUAUCUCCGCGUCACUUAAAUACGUCCCAAUUUUGGGCUUCAUUUGUAAAUUUGGUAUUUGUAUAUUCAUAGGAUCAGUUGAAAUAAUUCCUGCAUUAAUUGACGACGAAUAUGACUCUCUCCCUUCGCUUGAUGAGAUGAAAAGAGAGGUAUUAUGAUAGAAUAGAUUAAUUUACAAAAUUGGAUACAAGGUAUCACUUGUUGACGUCACAUCGCUUUUUAUAACUACUGCCGCUUCCAAAGCGCAUGUGUAGAAGAAGUGGCGGAACAAACUACACUGCAGCAUUUUCACUGGACGUCAAUUUACAGAUCUCUUAAAUCUAAAUCGUGGACGAAUGCACAUUGAGAGAGGUAAGAUAUGACAUGUUUGUGGAUAGUUCGGUAGAUGGGGGUUUAACUCGGAAAAUGUUUUUAGACUAAAGGGAACCAAUCAUCAUUCUACUUAAGUACUGUAUGAUGCAUCUGAUAAUUCUUUAUCAUUGGCGACAUAUGAACAAACGCAAAUUUGCAGAAAAUUACUUAACUUACUUAUUUACUUAGUGAUACUUAUCUAUUUAAAUCUUAUAUGUCAGUGUGUGUUAAAACUGUUAGGUUUUUGUAACACACUAGAGGAAUAUUUCUUUGACAAAUAAAUUAAUGAAAAGUACAAUUUUAAGAUAGACAUUUGAAAUACUAACAAACGGAAUAUUGAAGCUAAUAAGUUCUUUUUUUUAUAAUGAUUUAAUAUUAAUGAACAAGUAAGUAUAUCGAUAUAAUAAUGUUUGAAGCAAAAUCCAAUAUUUUGAGUAAUUUAUAUUGAAAUUCGAAAUUUUCUUUUCUUAUAUGAUUAUAAAAUUUGUAUUAGAAGUUUAUAUGUCUCUUUUCUUUCUUUCAUCUCUUCGUGUUCUUAAUUCAAUAUUAAGGCCUCGCAGGACUCUGAAAAACUAUACUAUACCUAUUCGAAAAAAAAAAAUUAAACCUUGGAUUUUGUUUAAAACGUUAUCUUAUAUUGAUAGAAAUUAUAUAAAUUUUAACAAGUUUUACCAGUUAAACAUUUUUUUACAUUUAGGUAGAAAAAUUUUGCGUGUAGCCCAAUGUGAACUCAGCUUUACGUUUUUGGAUUAACAUUAUUAAAAUUAGUCAAAAUAUUUAGGAUAAAACAAAAAUUGUAUUCAAUCUCUCAGUAUUUUAGAAUUUUAAAAUUUGUAUCACUUUGUUAUCACAAAUUGUCAUUGUUAGAGAGGUUUUUAAGUACACUUGACGGCAGAUAAAACUGACUCACUGUCAAUGUUAACCAAGGGUCAGGUUGUCUUAUCUAUAAAAAAUUAUAAUUUAUAUUUGUAAUUGUUUUAAAAACAUAUAUUGACUUUAUUUGUAUUUGUAUGACAUUACGUUCCUAAAUAGGAAUUAAAGUUUUUAAAUUGUAAUUAAAUUUGUUCGGCCGAUUAAUUUACAAUAAAAGACUGGCUCAAAUUAAUUGUUAGUCUUACAACUCAAGACUCAUCUAGUCUUUUUUUAAAGCCCAAGUCUCGUUCAUCACUAUUAUAAUUCGAAUCUGACGUUAGUCAAGCCACAGACUAGAAAAAUUAAAAUUUGUAAUUUAAUGGGGUAUAUUUUUUUUUUUUAUAAAAUUUUUGUUAUAUUUUACUGUGUAUAUUGUUCUGUAAGCAGUGCACAUUUUUAAUAUAAUAAUUGUCUCAUUACAAAUAGGUCCACUUUUGCUAAAUGUAUGCACACACACUUUGCUUUAAUUACACUAAUGUGGAUGUUAACAUAUUCAAUUAAAUGAACGAAAUUA